CUAAAACAGAAAUCACGAAGAAAGCGGACCGCCGGCGGACUUCCUCCGCAAACCCCCCUCCGCCUCCUCGUCGGCGACCAAAUCAUCCGUCCUCCUCACGGCGCCAUGAACCAGCACCGCCCCGACCCCGACGAGCAGCGCCGCCAGGACGUUGGCGGUGGCGUGCGUCAGCAACAGGACGACCACCGUCGCCACGGCGAGCGCGACCAGGACCACCCGAUCUGUGACCAGUCGACCGAACACCUCGAGCGGCUCGUCCCGGAGAAAGUAGAGGAACAGCCAGGCCGCCAUCAUCGCGACGAGGACGACGAGCGAGAUUGGGUGCCAGAGGAGGCUGAGGAACAGGACGCCGAGGACGACGACGGCGUAGUUCAUCCGGAAGUAGGUGAGGUUCUUCCGCACGCGCGCCGCCGCCUCGCGGGCGGAUCUCGGGAGGCCGAGGCCGCGGCGGUCGAGCAUCUCGCGCCAGGGGCGGCGGGUGCCGAGGCCGGCCUUGAUGCGGUCCUUGGCGCGCGAGAUGUACUCAAGGUUUGCCGCGGCGCCGGAGGGGGAGGAGGACGCCGGGAUGGUGCCGUACGACGUCAUUUUUCGGCGGCGGAGAUGAGGAAUUUGGGCGCGGGCUUGAAAGGGGGAUUUUUUAAUGAAUUGAACUGA